AUGUCCUUACCAUUGACCACAUUACCGCACAUUAUCACUCCUUCGCUUGCUAUGUCAUUGCUCCCUGAUGUUCUAUCUCGACUUUCGCACUCGCGUGGUGUUGUGCGCAAAAAGGCAGUCGUGUGUCUCUACAGACUUGCUUUGGUUUAUCCCGAGGCACUCAAGUUUGCAUGGCCGAAACUCAGGGAACGCCUCAUGGAUGAUGCAGAGGAAAGUAGUGUGACUACGGCCGUGAUCAACGUCAUAUUCGAUGGAGGCAAUAAUUGGAUGGCUAUCAAGAUAGUCAAGCUGUUUGCGACCUUGACACCAUUAGAACCUCGACUAAUUCGGAAACUCACUGGACCUCUGAUGAACAUAAUUGAAACGACGACCGCCAUGUCGUUGCUCUAUGAAUGCAUCAAUGGCGUCAUUCAAGGAGGCAUACUCGAUGGCGAUGAAGCACUUGAAGAGAGGGAUGAAGUUGCAAGCCUCUGUGCCGGGAAACUUCGAGGAAUGAUUGUCGCCAACUCCGAUCCAAACCUCAAAUAUGUCGCGUUACUGGCGUUCAAUCGGAUCCUGCUCUCUCAUCCUGCUUUAGUAUCAGUUCACUGCGAUGUCAUUAUGGAUUGUUUGGAGGAUGCCGAUAUCUCGAUACGAAUUCAAGCCCUGGAGCUUGCGGCGAGAAUGGUCACAAGCGACACGCUCCAGUCCGUCAUCGAUCGGUUACUCAAGCAACUUCAAGAUGCUGCGACAUUUGAUCCAGUUGAAUCGAGACAUUCCGCAGCAACAGAGAACUUGAACAAUCAAAAAGGACCCAUUACUUUACCCGUGAGCUAUAGGAUUGACGUGAUGCAUCGGAUACUGGACAUAUGCUCCUUCAACAACUAUUCGGAUUUGUACGACUUUGAAUGGUACGUCGAUCUUUUGGUAGAAUUGAUGAAACUCCUUCCACAGCAGACUAAACAACCUCGUUUUCCGCGAGCCAUUCGGGCGCUCGAAGACGAUAUUGGAGACGACAUAAUGUCCCGAAUAUGUUUAGAAAUACGCAACAUAGCCGUCCGUGUCAAAGGUGUCCGACUCCAGGCCACAAGAGCGGCAGAACUUCUGAUUUCUGUUGAGAACCGACAUGCAUUGUUCCUUCAGCCUCAUACCGAUAGCCACGCCCUCGGACCCCUAGCUUGGGUAGUGGGCGAGUAUUCGGGUUGUCUUUGUACCCCUCAUCGAACGCUCCAGUCACUGAUCGACAUGUCAAACAUGUCACUCCCAGCUAAGGCAUUGUCCCUCUACGUUCAGGCAGUUCCUAAGGUGCUCAUACAAGUGGCCAAUGACCCACAUCAAGAUUGGAAUGCAGCAACGGUGUGCGAGUUAUCGCUCUUGUUUGCGCAAGUUAUCAAUUUCCUCGAAGCCCUGGCGGUUCAUCCUGAUCUGGAUGUGCAAGAAAGAGCCAUUGAAUUUCUCGAAAUGGUGCGCUUGGCAGCUGAUGCUUUAGUGGCGGACCGCCACGGUUCGGAAGCAAUACCUUUUCUGUUAUCGUCCAUAAUGCCCGGGCUGUUCUCUGGGCUGGAACUCAAUCCAGUCGCUAUGGGCGCUCAGAAAAAAGUCCCUUUCCCAGGGCAUCUUAUUCUGAACGAAGCUUUCAAUAAAGAAUUCUCAACACUACUCGGCGAUUUAGACUGGAACCCCGAGAUCGACAGCCAGCAUCCAUCUCAACACUUUUACCAUGUCGGAGACACAUCCAAUUACCAUGGCUUGCCCAUUGAGUCGGCUACGGUCGAGCUAUAUCCAGAUUUAUCAUAUCAGGCUCCAGACAGUCGAUCAAAUGAUGUAUCUGCAGCCAUUAAGCGGAGGGCCGAGCGUAAAGAACGCAACAGAGAAGAUCCCUUCUACAUCGUUACCGAAGAUCGUCCUUCUGGUGCGUCAGACCGAGACCGCAGCAUCUCACCCGACGGUGAUUUGGAUGUCGACUCUAUUCCCAUAGUUAACCUUGACUUGAGCACAUUUGGAGACCAACGUGCGGCUUCACUCUCAGACAGCAAAACUCGACACGCCAAAGGUCAACGCCCCAAAAAACAUAGUGUCAUUGCUGACGAAACCAUUGGACUGGAAGAAUCCGUUUUGCAGAAAGCUGCGGACGACCUUGACAAAGGCAAGCGUUCUCUGCUCCAAGUUGAUUCCAGUAGCCUUGGGCUCCUCACCUUGGAGGGUGAUGGUCGAAGCCCUGUGAGUUCCACACUCGACUCAGGCGCAACCGUUGAGGAUGAUGCAGAGAUGGUGAGAGCGAUGCGACAAGUAGAGAGAUUACGGUUGGAGAUGCAGCGAGCAUCGGAGCGAAUCCACCCGGAAGGCAUACCUGUAGAGGGUACACCUGUGAGGAAGAAAAAGAAAAGCAGGAAGGCCAGAGUGAGGGGACAUCCGACUGCCACUGUAUUACAGGAUACAACUCAACCUGGAAAGGAUGGUACCCGCGGGACGUGA